UCACUAAAAGCGCGCGUUAUUACCGGCCAGUCCGCAGCGCGAAUCUGUCGUGAACACACGUGUGUCCAUACGUUAUACAUUAACUACGAAACUAUGUCCACAGCCGACGGAGGACCUGUGGUUUGCAGCAGUUGCAAUAGCGCUAUCCAGGGCAGGAUAGUAACAGCGCUGAACAAGAAAUGGCACCCCGAACACUUCACAUGUAACACGUGCCACAAGCCGAUAGACGGCGCCAAGUUCCACCAGCACGACGGCGGCGUGCACUGCGUGCCGUGCUACACCCAGCACCACAGCCCGAGGUGCCACGGCUGCGGGGAUCCCAUUACCGAUCGCGUGAUCCAAGCGCUCGGCGUGUCGUGGCACGCGCAUCACUUCGUGUGCGGAGGCUGCAGGAAGGAGUUGGGAGGGGGAGGAUUUAUGGAACAGGCCGGUCGCCCGUACUGCUCGUCAUGUUACGCGGACAAGUUCGCUGCACGUUGCGCGGGCUGCGGCACACCGAUCGUGGACAAGGCCAUCAUCGCGCUUGAUGCCAAGUGGCAUCGCGACUGCUUCACUUGCAACAAAUGCCGGAAUCCGGUCACCGAUUCAACAUUCUCGGUGAUGGACAACAAACCGCUCUGCGGUAAAUGCGCAUAGAAAGCUCGAGAAUGUAUUUUAAUUAUUUAUUUACACCACCCAACGACAAAGUCCAAAGUGCACAUACAACGCUACUUAUAAAACACCCUUAUUUAUUAAAAAUAAAACGAUAUAAAAAAAAUUUGAAAUGAAAAAAAAUCACAUAUAUAUACUUUUUAUAUUUACAAUUCAAUUUGUUCAAAAUCGAAUUGCACUUCACUUAAAUAAUUGUCUGCCAAUCAAAUGAGACCUGUAAUCGGUCACUAGGGACGCUCCUUAGUAUUAUAUAUUGAUUUUGCAAGAACAAUUUAAAAAAAUUGAAAUGUAUUGAUGUAAGUGCAGACGAAAUACAUAACAGUAUAUUGGUAGGCGAUAAGUUUUAAAUUAUAAUCGAUUUGUUAAACGUGUAUUUUAUAUAAACUGAGCUUAGCUUGAAACACAAAGACAUUGUAAAUAACUUUAGUAUAUAAUUAUCGCUAGGCCGAACGCUUCUUGGGCUUAAAUCACAAUUUGUUAUUCUUAAAUAAAAAAUGUUUACAAUUUUAUACGCUUC